UCUCCUAGUAACUGGCAUCUUCCAGGGCAAAGAGAAAUGUGUUGGAAGAGAGAGCUGGCUGCAUGGGACUCUGUCUGGACUACUAAUGCUCAGUCUGCUUUUACUGUGGCCGAACUUAACUGACUCACUGGCUAUCCACGGUAUAGAUGUGCGGCUGGUCGAUGGAAGCUCCUUCAGUGAGGGGCGUGUGGAGAUCUACUAUGCUGGACAGUGGGGGACGAUAUGUGAUGAUAACUGGGACAUGGCAGAUGCAGAUGUCGUCUGCCGCUCCCUGGGCUUCACAGGUGCCACUGAAGUGAAGACGAGUGCAGCAUUUGGGGAAGGAUCAGGACCCAUUCUUUUAGAUGACGUCAACUGUCUCGGGACAGAGACAUCUCUCACACAGUGUAGUUCUGGAGGAUGGUUCAACAACAACUGCGGACAUGGGGAGGAUGCAGGGGUGGUGUGCAUCAACAGAAUUAUAUACAAUCCUGGGACUUUUGUUUUGGAUCAUUCUGGAAAUUUUUCUGAGGACUUUGGUAAAUUAUAUGACAGCCAGCAAGACUGUGACAUCAACAUCACAAUCAUGACAGCAGCAACCAACCUGGAAUCUCAUGGUCAUGUAUGUGCACAUAGCCUGAUUCUCCACACAAACAAUGAGGCCCGUAUUCUACUGGAGCGGAAUAACAACUCAUACACAUUGCUGGUGGAAAAGGAGUGUUUGCCUAGCAUGAAAAGCUUUCUCAGAUAUUUCUACUCCAGACAUAUUGAAAUCACCUUGGAUUCAGUAAAGUGCAUCCACAAGUUGGCUUCAGCCUAUGGGGUGCCAGGUCUGCAAGCUUACUGCCGGCAGAUCUUCCCGUAUCUUCUUCCGUUGGACCCCUCCUUCCGUCGCGCACUGGAACUGUAUGAACAUAGCCUGUCUAGUGGAGAUAGCACCCUGCAGCAGCUCAUCCUGCAGUACCUGGCCUGGAACUGUGAGGCCCUGUCCCGCACCGAGGCCUGGUUGGAUCUCAAACCAGACAAUAUGGAGGCUCUGCUCUCUCGUACUGAUUUGGUGAUUGAGAGUGAAUGGUCACUGUUGAAAGCUCUUGACCGCUGGGCUCAGGCCAAUGGGCCAGGUGAAAUAAUGAUAGGGCUUUUGAGAAAGAUCAGAUUUCCCAUGCUCGUCCCAGAACAGCUGUUUAAGUUGCAUUUCAACCUGACAUUGUAUGGGCACUAUAAUUAUGCGCUCCAGAGGAAGAUUCUGGAAGCCCUUGAAUUCCACACAGUACCAUUUGAAUUCUUUAGGCAAUACAAACCCCAAGAAUUCAAAAGUGAUGCAUAUGUCCCUCGUUAUUAUUUUGCUUCCACUUGGAGCACAUACCUAACACAUGAACUCUUGACACAGCACAAGGGAUCUAGUGCCUCCCAGUCAUUUGAAACCCCUGAACACCCUAGUUUUCUUUUCAACACUCAGAACAUAUCCUGGUCCUUCACUUACCAGGACAUUGCACAAGGCUGCCAAAACGAUACUUUCUGCUCAUCAGACACUUUCCUUAUUCUCCAUCUUGCACCAACAGGUUCCCAAGAUGACACCAUCUGGUACGAGAACAAAGCACUCAUGGUCUGCCAGGACUCCUAUAUCAUAAAUAUUCUUGACUUUAAAAAUGGUACAGCUGUGGUCCCAAAGACCAACAUGUUUGACUUCCCUUGCCCAACUGGCUAUGCCGGUGUCAUGGCUCUGGUGCGUCCUGGUUACAAGCUGAAUGCAUAAAGAGCUAGGUAUUUCCUUCCUAGUGCGGCAGGAGAAGAGUGGAAGUCUUUCUCUUGAGGCACAUCUGGUAAAAUCCCUGCUUUUAUUGUUUUCCUGUAACUGUAACUUGAUUGUAAUGCUUACUUAAUGCAUAACUCUUGAAGGUUCAGAAUUUUUGUCCAAUGAAAAUAGCCAUAAUGGGAGAGAUUCUAUGCCUGUCCAGAUGCCAAUAGGAUCUCAAGAUCUUACUGCGCUUUUACAUUGGCUGUGUGCAGGGGUCAUUUCGUAGAAAAAGAGGUGCAGGAG